ACCACCUCCGUCAUUCGACAAAUUCUCUCCACGAUGCAACAACCCAUCACCCUCGACCACAUCCCCGCUGCGCCCUCCACCAUCACGCACACCCGCGGCACCGGCGACUCCACCCCUGAGCAUGCCCACCCCAUGUCAUCUCCGCGCGUGAUCUCGCCAUAUAACCCUCUCCUCAAGUCGUCCACCAUGCCGGUGGUGCAAGCCCGCGACGACGUCGACAUCAUCGCCGACUUCCUCAAGGAACACACGACCAUUCGACCGACCAUCCUCGUCGUGUGCGGGUCCGGUCUCGGCGGCCUCUCCAAGUGCUUGUCCAACACCCAAACCAUCCACUACAACGACAUCCCGCGCUUCCCCAAGUCCACGGUCGCGGGCCACGCAGGGGAGUUGGUGUUUGGGUACAUCGACGACCUUCAAGUCGUGUGCAUGCGCGGUCGCUUUCACACGUACGAAGGCCACGACGUCCGCCAGACGACGUUGCCUAUCCGCGUGAUGUGUUUGCUCGGGGUCAAGUUCCUCGUGGUGACCAACGCCGCGGGCGGACUCAACCCCGACUACAACGUCGGCGACCUAAUGAUCAUGAGCGACCACCUCAACAUGCCGGGGAUGGCGGGCAAGCAUCCAUUGGUCGGCCCGAACGACGACCGGUUUGGCGAGCGCUUCACACCGCUGUCCGACUGCUACGACAUCAAGUUGCAAAACCUGGCAUGGCGCAUCGCCAAGCAGCACGGGAUCUCUCAAAAGGUGCGCCGCAAUGGCGUGUACUGCUUUGUGAGCGGCCCCACGUACGAGACUCCGACGGAAUCCAAGCUGCUGCGCCUGGUCGGCGGCGACUCGGUGGGCAUGAGCACCGUGCCGGAAGUGGUCGUCGCGCGCCACUGCGGCAUGCACAUCAUCGGCCUGAGUUUGAUCACGAACAAGGUGGUCAUGCCCGGCCAGCAGCGCACGGCGAUCCCAGCCAGCCACCAGGAAGUGCUGGACGCGGUGGUCGCGACCCAGUCUGUGAUCGAGCACUACGUCCGCGACCUCAUUGUAGCGAUCGGCAAGGACUACGACGACACGACGCUCCUCUUUGACGAAGAUUGCUAAGCCCCGUAGACGAUAUCUAUUACUAAACUCAAUUGAGAACGUGUGUACUUCUAGCAUCGCUGUACACAACAUUGAACGAGUACUUGG